AUGGACGAUGAUUUGUUCCAGUUAAGACAACUCCCCGUGGUCAAGUUCCGUCGCACGGGUGAGAGCACACGCUCUGAGGAUGACUGCUUGGGGAGAGAGCAGGAAGUCCAGAUCGAUGGGAGGCAGGCUUACAUGGAGUCUGUGGCACUUCACGAUGGCGCACUAGUACCCCGGGAGUUUGCCAACCCAACUGAUGACACUUUCAUGGUGGAGGAUGCUGUGGAGGCCAUUGGUUUUGGGAAGUUCCAGUGGAAACUCUCCAUCCUCACUGGUCUGUCCUGGAUGGCUGAUGCUAUGGAGAUGAUGAUUCUAAGCAUCCUGGCACCACAGCUUCACUGUGAAUGGAGGCUUCCAAGCCUGUGGGUGGCGCUACUCACCUCGGCGGUGUUCAUUGGAAUGAUGAUCAGCUCUUCCAUUUGGGGGAACAUAUCCGAUAAGUAUGGGAGAAAAACAGGUCUGAAGAUGAGUGUGGCGUGGACCAUGUUUUACGGUGUACUGAGCGCCUUUGCCCCCGUCUACGGCUGGAUUGUCUUCCUCCGUGCCCUGGUGGGCUUCGGCAUCGGAGGAGCCCCACAGUCGGUGACACUGUAUGCAGAGUUUCUCCCCAUGAGGUCCAGAGCCACCUGCAUCUUGCUAAUCGAAAUAUUCUGGGCGCUGGGCACUGUGUUUGAGGUGCUGCUGGCCAUCCUGGUGAUGCCCACUCUGGGCUGGCGCUGGCUGCUCGGCCUCUCCACCAUUCCGCUCUUCAUCUUCGCUAUCCUCUCUUUUUGGCUGCCAGAGAGUGCACGCUAUGACGUGUUGACAGGGAACCAGGAGAAAGCUCUGACUACCCUGAAGCGCAUCGCCAAGGAGAACGGAGUCCCCAUGCCCCUGGGAAAACUAAUUGCUGCCAGACAGGAGGACCGUGGGAAGUUCCAGGAUCUUUUCUCACCGCAUUUUCGCUGGACCACAAUUCUGCUGUGGUUUAUUUGGUUCUCUAAUGCAUUCGCCUACUAUGGCCUGGUCCUGCUCACCACUGAGCUCUUCCAGGAGGGGGGUGCCUGUGGGGAGUCAAAAGGUAGUAAGAGGGAGCCCAGGUGUAGCCUGGAGUGUAAAUACCUGACCUCAGACGACUACAAGGAUCUGCUGUGGACCACCCUGUCUGAAUUCCCAGGCUUGCUGGUGACUCUGUGGGCCAUCGAUCGGCUGGGAAGGAGGAAGACAAUGGCACUGUGCUUCUUCGUCUUCUCUCUCUGCCUUGUGCCACUCUACGCUUGUGUAGGGAGGACCUGGCUGACAGUAUUGAUAUUCAUCGCCAGGGCCUUCAUCGCAGGAGGUUUCCAGGCUGCUUAUGUCUACACCCCUGAGGUAUAUCCAACAGCAACCAGAGCAUUAGGUCUGGGCACUAGUAGUGGAAUGGCUAGAGUGGGAGCCCUCAUCACACCCUUCGUUGCACAGUUGAUGUUGGAGUCUUCUGUGUACCUGACUCUGUCAGUGUACAGCAUCUGCUGCCUGCUGGCUGCCAUCGCUUCCUGUGCUCUGCCCAUUGAGACCACUGGCCGGGGCCUCCAGGAGUCCAGCCACCGCGAGUGGGGCCAGGAAAUGAUGGGCCGGGCCCCUGCCAACAGCUCUGGGGGCAUCCCACACUCCGACUCUGGGUCCCAGGAGGACGGAGCACAUGCAAGAGGGUGGUGA